CUGACAUUUGCCUGCCCAGCCCGCAACCAUUUUAAAACGAGUGUCAGAUUAUUAAUCAAUGAAAACCAAAAAAAAUAUCUGAUAAAUUGUAAACUAAUGUGCCUUCCAUAGAAUAUUAACUGGCAAUUGCGUUUUAGUAUAACUGUCGUAUUUAUUUAAGUGUUAUGUGCCUGAUAAUGUUAUCGCGGCUUAACAUUCGGCGGAUUAUUCCGUCUUCAUUUCAAAUAGUUAAAUCAGCUGUAACAACAAAUAUUCGACUAUGCUUUAAGCAUCACGUAACCCGUACUACAUAUGGCCCACCAUUUCGCUUUCCCAACGUGGAAAUACGGCGGUUGUACACUGUACAGACUGAGAAAGAACCAGAGAAACAUUCGGUUGACUAUGACUACGUUAAGAGAGCAGCAUCUAAUGCCAGUACUCUAAUCAUUGAUGUGAGGGAACCUGACGAAGUUAAAGAACAUGGCAAAAUACCAAACAGUGUUAACAUCCCAUUGGGUAGUGUAUCACCAGCUCUUGGUUUAAUGACUGACAAAGAAUUUGAAGAUGCAUACAAUGUUCCUAAACCUACAGAAGACAAUGAAUUAAUAUUCUAUUGCAUGAUAGGCAAAAGAUCUGCGAAGGCACAACAAAAUGCUCUGAACUUGGGAUACAAAAAUGCAAAGAACUAUAGUGGCAGUUGGAAUGACUGGGCAAGCAAAAUUCAAAAGUAAUAAAAAAACAUUGACCCAACUGUAUUGUGGACUUCCUUGUUCUGACUGAAUUGUUAUUGACUUGUAGAAAUUUUAUUGAUGUUUUUUAUAACAUGUCAUGUGCAAUAUAGUUGAUUAAUUUUA